CGGGAUGGGGGCGCCGGCGGCGGGUCCGGGGGGAGCGGAGCGGUACUUUACGCGCUGGUACAAACCAGACGUGAAGGGGCGGCCGUGCGAGGACUUCUGCGUGCUGCAGCACUCCAACAGAAUCUGUGUCAUCACCUUGGCAGAAGCCCAUCCUCUUCUUCAAAGUGGGAAAACAAUUAAAAGUAUUAAUUACCAAAUCAGUGCCAACUGUAGCAGACUUCAGAAUAAGGUCUCUGGGAAGUCAAAAAGGGGAGCUCAGUUUUUAACAGAACUUGCCCCUCUGUGCAGGAUAUCUUCAUCAGAUGGAGAGGAAUACACCAUUUACAGUUGUAUACGAGGGCGGCUGAUAGAAGUGAAUGAAAACAUUCUCAGUAACCCCACUCUUCUGCAAGAAAAGCCAUCAACUGAGGGUUACAUUGCAGUGGUUCUACCCAAAUUUGAAGAAAGCAAGAGCAUAACUCAAGGACUUCUGACGCAGAAGGAGUAUGAGGAAGUUUUGUUGAAACGCCGUAAUUCUUCUUCAUGAAAUCAAUUCUACACUUAUCAUCUGUACUUGAUACUAAACAAGCUACUUUUAUUGUACACUGUGAGUUUUGUAGUAUUGAAAGGCCUAGUGCCAGUUUUUAAAAGUGGAACUAAACUGCUUGAUUCCUACAAGAAUAAACCAGUUCAAAUAGUUUGUAUAUUAAAAUUUCCGUACUCUUUUUCUCUGAGUUCUAACACUACAAGUUCUUAAAUAAGCUCAGAAUGACAUGUUGGAGUAUUUAUGUUCCACAAUCAGUUUUGCUUAAUGCAAGCCUAAAACAUACAGAAAAAUCAUAUGAGUUAGCUAUCAUCAAAUUCAGCUAAACAAAAACAAUAUGGAGUUUGACUAAGGUGAAUUGAAAAUAAAAAUGUAACAGAAGCGUAGGUACAAAGAGCAGAUAAACUUGAAAAUAAACAUUUCACACCAGGUUGUAUUUUCAUGGCAUCCUGAAGUCAAAUAAUGCCCUUUGUACAGAAUUCUGUAACAAUCAGUAUCUAUUUUCUUAAAUUUUAAAUGGUAUAACGUCAAAUCUGCAUAAUACUUCAGUGGUUCAACAUGCAACUCAAAUUCUCAGUAAAUUUUAAUAAAAAAGGAAGCAACAACUACCAUCUACAAAUAGAGAGGGUAACAGAAAAAGAAUUUGAGUCAAGACUAUCAGUGACUUAGAAAUACCCUUUCGUAAAGAUCAGUCAUGUCAUCAAGAUUAAAAUUCAGGGGUGCAGCUACUGAAAGAGGGUUUUUUUUCUAAAACUACUUCAUUGCAGGUAUAACUCGUAACUAAGAUAACAUUUCAGUGCUUCAGGCCACAGCUUUUCAGACUAUAUUCCUGAUUCUGCUUUAUCAAAUAUAUAGACUGAUAUAGGCCAGAGAUGAGUUUACAGACUUCAACAGUAGUGUUACAUAUGGCAUAUGCAGCACAAGCGUCUUUACAUAAAAUGUCUAUUAGCAGCAUCUUUGGGCUGAAACAUCCAGUAAGACAUUCAUAAGCAUUAAUUACAAAAUCGGUAUCAGUGAGCAUAGGAAAGGCAUUCACAUUAUAAAAAUACAGAAGAUUUAACUAGUUGGUGUUGUAAUAGCUAAGUAAUGGGACAUCUAUUAGAUGUGACAAAGGCCAACAGUUUCAUUUCAAAUUAACCUGGCUUGACUUUCCACAAAUGAAAGCAAUAUUGAAAAUUCAGGAAGUGUUAUUUUCAAAUGGGAGUUCCUGCAUUUCUCAGUGCUAUGAUUACUUGCUCUCUAAAAACGUCAUGUUUGUUACAUGAUUUUCUAAAGACUUAAUGCCAAAUGUCUCCGCUCUCCUUUCUGGAGUAUGUGCAUUUGUACCAGUUCGUAUUCUGUCUUCUUUCCAUGGUGGAGCAGGUUUAAGGCAACCAUUUCCUGCUUUAUUCUGUGUAUAUAUAAAAAAAAGAAUAUUUCUUAAAAACAAUCAACCAACCCCAACGAAACAAACCCCAAAGCCUAUUUGAAGUAGUGCAGAUGAACCAAAUACUGACCUUUCUUAGCAAUUUGAAGCAAAGUGGAAGAAGUUGGCAUAAUAGAGUCAUCACAUUCCUUGUUUUCAGAAUGCAUGCAUCAACCUAAACAAGACAAUUAACAGUAGAGCAAGACCACUCAUUACUUGUGUUAGGCAGUUGUUUUCUGCAUGAGAUGGUAAUCUACUUUGAGCUGGAAUAAGUAAUAUUUGUCCUUCUGAAAUCUCAUGUAAUCAAAUGGGUUUGCCUACAUUUUUAUAAAUUUCUCUAUAUAAUACAUGUAAAACAAGAGCAUCCUUUCUGUUUAGCCAAGACUUGAGCUGUGAUGCAGAAGGGAGUGACACACAUCCGAAGAGAAUGUGUAAUUCUCUAUUAACAAUACAAUAUUAAACAGUAAUAGGAGUUUCUCGGAAAGGAGCUCUUGUCAUCUAAGUAUGAAUCAUCACAGUUUUUCAUGAUUUUCCCUUCUGUUUUAUGUCCUGUCAGCAUGCUUUAGAAAGCCAUGCAUCAUGAAAGCCUUACUUUGAUGUGAAUUACACUAAGAGUUGUCUUAAAUCUUAGAGCAUUUGAGUUCAUGCCUCAAGUCUGACACUCAGCACAGAUUAUAAAUUUGGGCCCUUUACAAACACUAAUUUGAGAGCCUAGUACUGCUAUGUAGUGAUACAUCACUGUAUGAACAGACUGGAGUUCCCAUUCAGUUUAGAGAGUGUAAAACAAACCAAGAGGUAGCCCCAAGGUGCUCAGUUUGGUUCUGAGUGGCUUGGACGCUCUAUCUAGUUUUAGACCCUGCUGUAAAAUUCUAACACCUUUUCCACAGCCAGUUGGAAACAAACAUUCAGGUGCACAGAAGUCAUAUUGCUCACACUGAUCAUACUGCUGCUCAGGGAUACUUCGGUUCUUCAAGAAACCUGACCUCCAUUCCCCACUGACGUUUGCAAAUCUACUUCUUGUGGUAAUUAACAAUGCUGAAACUUUCACGGCAGCUGCAUAGGUAUUUAUUUAUAGCAAAUAUGACUAUUAUCAGAAAAAAUUCUGGGUAGUCUAGGGUACACUACCUGCCUACUGAGAAGCAAGCAUGUAUUUCAGAAAUAGAGCCAGGGGGUUGGAAUUUACAUUUAUAUAUAUUUACAUUUUUGUUAAGCAUUAGUAACAACAGAAUAACAAUAAUUAUUACAGUGGUGGAAAUACUGAAGUCCACAGUGAGGUAUGCUUAAUUACAGUCCUACUUCUCCGGAUGAAAUUCAAGUGGAUGCAGUAUUAUUACUGCAAUCUAGUGGAUUGCAGUGUAAUUAUAUGCAGUAUUACUCCAUCUCUUAUUAUUCUGCUGAAAAUUCUCAUUUGCAGCAUGAUAAAAUCCAGUACUUCUCUUUUUCCUAGUGUGUAGGGUCAGGGGCAUGUUGAUAGAAGUUCUCUGAAAAAAGAAUCUCAGCAGCAAAAAGAAUACAAAGUAGUGGAAGCCUAUGGACACCUUCCCACCUUUUAAUUUUUCUUAAGUGCAGUCCAGGAAAAUCAUUGUCUUGGCAAACAUUUCUGUAAACUCUUCCAGUAACAGUAAUUUCAGUACUUUAAGCAAUAGGAAGGAAAAAAUAUCCUAUUACUUAUUUUACUGAUUCUUAGACUCAAUAAGUCAAUAAAAGCUCAGAGUAGGGAAACUGUUCCUUAAAACAUUAAUAUCAAUUAUAUGUCUGUGGCCACUGGGCCAAUUACACAAAACUUGAUAUCCUAUGAUCCCUAAAAAAAAUUCAUAUAAGCCUGUAGACUAAUACCAUCCAAUAUCCAAGUCAUCCAAUGACAGGCUUCCAUGUAUGCUGGGUGCCAGUGUACUGUAUUUUGCCUCCUAUCAAACAAACUCCCAGCAUGAAUGAGUGGAUCAGGUGGAUAAACCUCAGUGGAUAAACCUCAGUGAAACCCUUCUCUGGUAGUAGGGAAAAAAAAA